CUAAACUUUCAACCUUUUCAAAUUUCAAACAUGCAUUGGUCAACCAAGAGAGCUAAACAAGAGGAAAUUGUUUCAGUCAACCAUCUAAUUUCAAAGCCAAAGUUCACAGAUGAACAAGAGUUUUCUAUUAUGGUUGCUGCUUUGAAAAAUGUCAUAACAGGUGAUACAACACAAGAAUUUCAAUAUAUAAUUUCAUCUUCUUCACCUUCUACGAGCAUGUCUAGUUUGGAGCCUCCUCUGUUUCGGGUUCCAACAGAACCAGAGCCAUGUCAAUUCUGCAAAAUAAAAGGGUGUUUAGGUUGCAACUAUUUUGGAGCCCCAGUUGCUGCUGCUGAUAAUAAUAACAAGGCCAAGAUUGUUGUCAAGAAAAAACAGAAGAAGAAUUACAGAGGGGUGAGACAGAGACCGUGGGGAAAAUGGGCUGCAGAAAUUAGAGAUCCAAGAAGGGCAGCUAGAGUAUGGCUUGGAACUUUUAAUACAGCAGAAGAUGCAGCUCGAGCUUAUGAUAAAGCUGCUAUUGAAUUUAGAGGUCCUAGAGCUAAGCUUAAUUUCUCAUUUGCUGAUUAUACAUCAAUUCAACAGCAGAAUGCAACUACUAGUACUGCAUUUUCUAUAUCCCAGCAACAACAAGAGCCUGUACAGUUAGAGCAGGGAAUUAAAACAGAUUUUGGUAUUGGAAAAGAAGAAGAAUUCUGGGAUCAAUUAAUGGCAUCGGACAAUGAGAUUCAAGAUUGCUUGAGGAUGAUGGAUUUCAAUGGCGACUCUUCUGAUUCUGUCGGAGGGAAUAUUGCUCAUAGCUUCUGAUAAGGAAAAGAGAAAGACCAACAGAAUUUGCCCAUGGACUAAUUAAGGUUUUGCGUGACCAUUCACUUUUAUCAAAUUUGUGCUAUUUAAUAUUUCUAUUUUUAGAUGUACUUCAUUUUUCUUUUUUUGUUACUGUAU